AUGAGGCUACAUGUUACAACAACAUUACUAUUGAUGGUGGCCUUACUAUGCAGCUGCAGCACGGUGGCGAACAGCGAUCCUGACACCGACAUUAAUUCCGAAGGAUGUAGUCCGGCCACGUACUCUGACGAUGACCCUUAUGGCGAUGUUGUUAAUGAGGCACUUCAUGAAGUACUGAGCGUGACACCACAUGACCCAAAGUUUGUACACAAUACUAUUAUUAACGGGGACGUCGAUAAUGGCCAUUUCAAUGUAUUUGCUCACGGAGAUUGUAACGCAAACCUUAGUGCUGAUGAUUGCACCACCUGUAUGGAAGCAGCUUAUAAUGACAUUAUUACUCUUUGCAAUAAUCAUUUCGGUGGUAUCAUUGGUAUGGUAGAUUGUAGUAUUUAUUAUGUUGUCCAGUUUAACACAUCGUGA